GCGGCGGGGAGGAGCCGGGCGGCGGCGGCAGCAGCAGCAACCGAGGAAGGCGAACGCGUCGGAUCCGGGCGCGCAAUGGGGCUGCUGAGCUUUGCGCGCGAGCCGGUGCCGGAGACGCUGAGCGCAGACUUGCAGCAGCUGAACCAGCUGAGCGCCCAGCAAUUCUCCACUCUCGCGGAAGUGGUUUUCCGAUUUCUGCAGGAACCGAAAGAGGUUGAAAGGUUCCUAGUUCAGCUCUCUGAAUUUGCCACCAGCAAUAAGCUCAGCCCGGGCCCCUUGAAGAACAUUGUUAAAAGCCUCCUGUUGGUGCCAAAUGGUGCCCUAAAGAGAGGUCUGUCGGCAGAGCAGGUUAGAGCAGAUCUUAUCACCCUAGGGCUGAGCGAGGAGAAGGCCAGCUAUUUCGAAGAGCAGUGGAAGGAGAAAUCUCCCACCCUCUCCCGCCUGGCUGUGGGCCAGACCUUGAUGGUUAACCAGCUCGUCGACAUGGAGUGGAAAUUUGGAGUUACAGCAGGAAGCAGCGAACUGGAGAAAGCCGGAAGCAUCUUCCUGCAGCUGAAAUUGGUGGUUAGGAAAGGAAACAAAGUGGAGCCUCUGUACAUGGAGCUGAGGCUGCCUCAGUUUUACAGCUUCCUUCAUGAGAUGGAGAGGAUGAAAACCAGCCUGGAAUGCCUCAGCUGAGUUUCCUGUGGGGCAUCGAGGGUGAAAGCUGAACGUCCACCAUCCAAGGCCCCUGGACCAGAUCUUCCAACCACCAUUUUCCCCAUUGAGAAGUUUGGGGUCAAAGAAGCACCCCGCUUUUAAAGCCUGGCUCACUUGGGGCUCUAAGAGCCAUUAAGGGACAGAAGGGGUGGGAAAUGUUUUGUAAAACCUGCAAAAGUCUGAUGUUUUCCCUCUCUCUGGCUGCAUAAAAGGCUUGUUUGGGGAGCAGAUAAUGCUGCUUGAAAAAGGCUCGAGGAAGCAAAAAUAAAAUGGGGGGGGGGAAUAACUUUUUGCUCUCCUUGAGAGGAAGAGGUGGCAGCUAUAAAAUCUCCUUUAAAAUCUAUAAAAAAGUGUAAUUUAGAACAUCGGUUUGCAUAACCCACUGAGGAAGACAAUAACACAAUAAAAUUCAAAACAGUA